CAAAGCAACAAAAUGGACGUGCCCGCUACUUCCCCAAAUAUAGGCAAUCGGAUUACCCACACGACCAAAAUAGUAAAUCAAAAUCCUACGUCUGAACAAAAUGAAAAACCGUUGAACGCCGUUCAUCAACAAUCAGUUAUAUCCGGAACAGACAGUGAAGCAGAAUAUGACACAGAUAAAGAGUUAUUGGCGGAAAUUAAGGAAGUAUUUUCACUAUUUGAUAAAGACGGUGAUGGAGUGAUAACCACCAAAGAACUUGGAAUGGUCAUGAAAACUUUGGGCCAGAGUCCGACAGAAGCCGAACUUUUGGACAUUGUGGCAGAAGCAGAUAAAAAUAAGGACGGUGUAAUAAAUUUCGAUGAAUUUGUUUGCAUUAUGAAGGGUGUUAUGAAAGAAUGUGACAAUGAAGAUGAUAUUAAAGCAGCGUUCAAAGUAUUUGACAGAAAUGGAAAAGGCCAUAUUUCUUCCGAUGAUCUUCAAUUCAUCAUGACUAGCCUUGGUGAAAAAGUGACCGAUGAAGAAUGCGAAGAAAUGAUCACGGCCGCUGACUUGGAUGAAGAUGGUCAAGUAUCAUUUGCUGACUUUCUUGAAAUGAUGAUUUCGAAGAAUAAAUAA